GACUCCAGAAAAAACAGCAGCUACUCACUGAAAACACCUCUUCUACAUCCUCUUUGUGGGCAAACUUGAAGGAGAGGAUCUCACGUCCUGCAGCUCUUCCUGAAACCCAAAGUUCCCAGAUCCUCUCUCAGCAAUGGCUAUGGUGUGUCUUUCAGACUUCGAAGCUUAUGCUAAAAAGUAUUUACCCAAGAUUGCUUGGGAUUUUUUUGCAGCUGGAGCAGAUGACUGUAGCACCCGAGAUGAAAAUGUCCUGGCAUAUAAAAGAAUUCGUUUCCGGCCCCGUAUGCUGCGGGAUGUAUCUACAAUGGACAUUAGGACUAAGGUCCUAGAGUCUGAAAUCAGCUUUCCUGUAGGAAUCGCCCCUACUGGCUUCCACCAGCUAGCAUGGCCUGAUGGAGAGAAAAGCACAGCCAGAGCGGCCAAAGCGAUGAACACCUGUUACAUUGCCAGCACAUACUCCACCUGCACUCUGGAGGAGAUCUCUGCGGCCGCCCCCGGCGGCCUCCAGUGGUUCCAGCUCUACAUUCACCGCAACAGGGCAGUUUCCCAGCAGCUGGUCCAACGGGCGGAGGCCUUGGGUUUCCAGGCCCUCGUCCUCACCGCAGAUCUGCCCUACACGGGCAAAAGACGUGAUGAUAUCCGCAAUGGUUUCUGCCUUCCACCCCACAUGAAACUGAAGAACUUGGAAGGAGCCUUUGAGGGAGAUGACCAUUCUGAGUAUGGACUGCCACCCAACAGCAUGGAUCCUUCGGUCACCUGGAAUGAUAUCUACUGGCUGCGGAGCCUGACCCACCUGCCCAUCAUCAUCAAAGGCAUCUUGACAAAAGAAGAUGCAGAGCUGGCAGUGAGACAUGGAGUUCAGGGAAUUGUUGUGUCUAAUCAUGGUGGAAGGCAACUGGAUGGAGGACCUGCCACUGUUGAUGCUCUGGUUGAGGUUGUAGAGGCAGUACAAGGCAGAGUCGAAGUUUAUUUAGAUGGUGGAAUACGAAAAGGAAGUGACGUGUUAAAAGCACUGGCACUGGGAGCAAAAUGUGUCUUUAUUGGAAGACCAGCUUUAUGGGGACUGGCUUACAAGGGAGAAGAAGGUCUUCAAGACGUUUUGAGAAUUUUGCAGGAUGAGUUUCGUUUGGCGAUGGCCUUAGCUGGCUGUGCCAGCGUCUCAGAGAUUGGCCGACACCUAGUUCAGUUCUCAAAGCUGUGAAGCCUCCUGCAAUGCCCACCAGAGGCAGCUCACGCUGAGGUCCCAAUCAGACUGAGGAGAGAAAAAGGAGGUGCAAAUGUUGCAUGUGCAAUAAGCAUUUGAUAAGGUCUUCAGGAAAAUCCUGAGGAGAUUAAGAAAGGCUCUGUGUUAGCAAAGGCCAUUCUCUGCUUUUAUUGAGAGCAAUGAGUUCUUUAACAAUUUGGAUAAUUGUUAUUUGCUUAAAUACAUCUACUUUAAACUGGC